AUGGUCUGGUCUCCUCCCGUUGCGCCGUCGUCGGCCACGGACAAGUCGAGCUUUGCUUAUCAGUCGACUGUCCACCGUUGGCCUGCUAUUCUUACUCAGGUCAUCGACGGCAUCUACAGCGCCAACCAUGCCCUCUCCUACUCGCGCACCAACCAAUCUGCCAAGAUCGAAGAGGGCAAGCAGAUCAUUGAAAAAGUUGCCGCGCUCAAGCAUGACAUGGGCCGUGACCGUCCGCUCGAACCCAUCGGUGUCGUUGCUGGUCAGGAUGCGGACAAUGGGCCCUCGACCGAGCUCUUCGACUCCACUAUUGAGAAGGAGAAGUGGACCUGGUUCAAAGCACCAUGGCUUUUCGCCGAAUGCUACCUCUACCGACUGCUCCGAAGCUUCUUCGCCCGCAGCCAGCACUGGAAGCAGUACGAUCCCUUCUCCAAAACCAAGCUCGACACCUUCAAGAGCUCCGGCACCGCCAUCAGCGCUCUUGCUGUCACGAUCGAGGACCUUGUCGCCAAGUCGCUUUCCUCCGAGCAAGGUCCCGAGUCGACCCCUGAGGGUCGCGAGAUUCUCUUUCACGAGAUGGCUCAGAUGUCUCUCUGGGGUAAUGCCACCGACCUCAGCUUGCUCACCAACCUUUCCUACUCUGACCUCCAAGCUCUCCAGACCACGGGCAAGGAGCAGCAGCAAGCACGAAGCAAGUUCAUCCUCGCUAACGACCUCGGCAAGGCAUGGAAGAAGAUUUCCUCGCUCAAAGAUGGACGAAUCGAUAUCGUUCUCGACAACGCUGGCUUCGAGCUGAUCACCGACAUGAUCUUUGCCGACUGGCUUCUCACCACACCCCACGUGGCUGAGGUCGUCUUCCACACUAAAAAUAUGCCUUGGUUUGUCUCAGACGUGACGCCGCCCGACUUCCGACACACCAUCGAGUCGCUUCUCGAGCCCAGCUUCUUCGCUCGACAAGACGAUGCUAGCCAAGAACGACACCGCAGCGUCAGCCGUAGCCGAGACCUUCAGGCCGACCCAAACAAGUACUCGUUCAACGCUUCCGGUGGUCAGGGGGCACAGCCAGCAGGAUCUCGCUCGCUUCAGAUGGCUGACAGCAAGGAGCGUGGUCGCUCGCCUCACCCUUCUGGCAGCUUGCACCUCCAGGCUAGAGACGGUAGUGUUGACUCGGCUGGACGUGGACGCAUGCCAGCCGGCAGCCGUAACUUCCAGAUGGAUCCUGCUUACUUCAAGAACGCACGCUCUCAGACCAUCUCUCCUUCCAGAUCGUACGUGAUGGACAGCUCACGCUUCUCUUCGCUCUCUAUUCAUGACGAGGAGCCAAGCGCCGAUGAUGAGCGCCAUGGCCGUGGACGAUCGACCACCGUCAAGGAUGAGACUCCCUCAUCGCAGACACCUGUCCAAGCGAUGGUCAGGAGAUGGAUGAAGCACAUGGAAUCCGGCCGUUUCAAGCUUUCGGUCCCUCUCGACACCCCCUUGGGUGGCGACACAGGUGCAGCUAACGGUUUCUGGACACAACCGGUCUCGUACGCCAACAUGGCCACCUACGCUCCCGAGUUGCACCAGGAAUUGGCCACCAAGAGCGACUUGGUCAUCUUUAAGGGCGAUCUCAACUACCGCAAACUCACUUCGGAUGCCACCUGGAAGUCGGACACGAGCUUCCGUGAGGCAUUGGGACCUCUGGCCGGUACGGUGGAGCUCUUGGCGUUGAGGACGAACAAGGCGGAUGUGUGUGUGGGAUUGAAGCCUGGUCAAGAGGCUGAGGUGGAGAAGGAGGAUCCCAAGUGGAGAGUCGAUGGCAAAUGGGCUGUUGUUCAGUACUGUGCUAAGGAUCAGUAG